UUAUGAGUCGACUAUAAUUGUUUGUACUUGCGACUUGUCAUUCAGUGCACAUAGCCGAUAAGUGACGGCGAGUUUAAAAGAUCGUGAAUUUUCAGACGGCGACACAAAAAUGCAUCUGGUAGCAUUUGCUGUAAAAUUAUGGCUUGUGGGUAUUUCUGGUUUCCUCAUAUUCGAAAAAUCUGAGGCAAGCAGUUACUGCUUGCUCGAACCGGCAGUCGGAGCGUGCAGGGCCGCAUAUCCCAGGUGGUUCUUCAAUCACACCGCUGAAGAAUGCCAGAAAUUUAUUUAUGGCGGGUGCUCCGGCAAUAAAAACAACUUCUUGGAUAAAGAAGAAUGCCAGCGACAUUGUCCAGGUAAUCAAAUUCUGGUGAAACCUUCAGCGAAGGAAAUUUGCUUCCUCAAAGAAGCCGUGGGAAAAUGCAGAGCUGCAUAUCCGAGGUGGUACUUUAAUAAGAAGACAGGGAAGUGCGAAAACUUUAUUUAUGGUGGUUGCGGUGGCAAUAGGAACAACUUCAUGACCAAAAUUGCAUGCGAGGACUUUUGCCAAGAGUUUGUGAAGGAUCCCUGCGCACAGCCGAUCAUCCCUGCUCCAAGAAAACCAUGUACCAACGAGAAGAAGGGACGAAGAUUUGGUUACAACAGAGCGACAAAAAAAUGUGAAGGCUUUGAAUAUUCCACCUGCAAGGAAAAUAUGAACAACUUUCACACCCGGAAGUCAUGCCUUCAAACUUGUGCAAGUGAAUUCCCCGUGCUUGCAGGAGACAAAAUACCACCGUAUGCGUCUUUACACAUCAUAUUUUUACAGCGCCGACAAAGAUGUGUGUCGGGAAACCUCUACAUUUCGUUACAAGCAUAUUGUUUGGCCGAAAGAAAACAGGUUCAGGAGUAUGAAGGACUGCCGUAGAGAAUGUAUGCCUGAGCAUACGCAGCAUAUCAAACCGCAGACGUAAUAACUUCGCAUCACCUUUUUCACUUAUCUGACUGAAGUGUAUGUUUUUACGACCAUAUGCAUGUAAACAAUAAAGUGCGUUUAACGUCAG